CCAGGUCGCAUUUCCCCUUUUCCUUCCAUCCCCACAUUCACGAUGAGAAGAUUAUCGAGGGGGAGGGUUGCUCCCACCACCACCAUCACCGGCGACGACGCUUCCACCUCCACUGGUGACCACGCUUCCCACCUCCACGUCCACCACCGGUACCCAACCCCAAGUCGUCUGUUCUCAAAUCCCCUCUCCCUAUCUCGGGCUGAUUCUCCUGGUCACCGCAGACGAGGGCAGCGCUCCCCACCGCCGGCGACCGCCACCACAACCGGCUUCUGGGCAGUCCGACGUUACCCCACCACGAAGAUUCAAGGCUCUGACCCGAUCAGAGGUGCUUGGCAUGGCAAAUUCAGAGAAAUUGUGCCUCGAGCAACGGCAGCGGCAGGUAAAUAAUUGUAUAUGUUUUGGCAUCUUGUUACACUAAUACUUGGUUUGCUGAUCGAAAUUCUAGAAGGAAAUAUCCUAGGUUUGCUGAUCGAAAUUCAAGUAGGUAUGAAUUCCAAAGUUCUUAGUGUGAAAUUCAUAUUCCUUGCUGCUCUAGUAGAUUGAUUUCAAGUUUAAUUGGAAUUGGGAGUUGAGUUUUUGUUAGGGAGUUGAAGAACUCAUGAAAGCCCUACUGAAUGUUUGGAUUUUGUGUAGUUUAAGUAGUUUAGAACAGAAAUUACUUGGUUUAGAAUUCUGCAGAAUUGGAAAAUUCAUGUUUGUCUGAUUUUGGGGAAUUUUAUUGAGAUAGUUCGAAAGUUCUUAAAUUUCUGAGAAUUUUACUGAGAGUUCCUCUAUGAGUCUUCUAUCUACAGUAAAAAUUUCAGGAUCAAGUUCGAAGUAUUGAGCUCUAUAGAAAUUCUUAACCUAGCAUCACUCAUUUUCGGAACUGUGCAGUCUGCACCGACACAUGUUGAGGAAACAGCCAUAAUUUUUAGCUCGAGCGAUGAAAUUACGAACCGCUUUCUGAUUUUGAAACUAGAUUCAUAGACCUUAAAAAAUAUGUGGAGUUUGUACCUUAGUUAUUUCUAUGCAAAGUCAGAUUUUAAGUUGAAGUUGAUGAAAUUGCAGAUUCUGAAAUUAUUUCUUGAGAUUGGUUGUCUAACUUCAUAUCUUUCACUCUAGGACCUUAUGUUCAUUAAAGAUAGGCUUAUUAGCAUCUUCUGAUCAUGUUUUUGUUGCUUAUGAGGUAAUUGUUACUUGAUAUGGCCUUGGUGGGAGUUCCACCGGCGUUUUGUUAUGGCUUAACCUCUAGGGACGGGCUAGGGUCGUUACACUAGCAGUCCACACAUGGUCCAACAACGAACAUGACUAACGAGAUUGCCAUGGCUCAACAACACACUGAGUUGGACUGACUGAACAGCAGCAGAGAAUGAGCAGCAGCAGCUGCUUUGACUAUAGGAUACCUUCUUCCCUUCUCAAAUGGAUGGACUGACUGAUCAUUGCUUCCAUGACCCAGCAUUCCAUAGUUCCAUAUGAUAAUUCACGAAGCUUGGGGAUUCUUGUAGGAUAUACGCUAGACACAAACUGGACACUACUUCCCUGAUCAUCAAAACUGCUACUAUCCCAGCAAGAGGGAGAGCACAAAGCAGUUCCACAACUCCAAAAUCAAGUUCUCCUUGGUGUAUGGAGCGUCCAGCCAAGAAGAGAUGUUAGCGACACUUAGGAUUUUUCUUUUUCAUUUUGCUUGUAAUAUAGCUUAGGGUAGAUGAUGAUGAUGAUGUUCGGCUCAUGCCUCUUUUGUAAAACAUUAUGUAUUCAUGUCGGCUAAAUUUAAAACUUUCGUUUCAAUUGC